ACUUAUGCGGCCGCAAUCCAGCACCAACUGCCAAUCACGCAUGCUACGACGAUGGCGCGGGAGAGCGUCAAAGGGCGUCAGAUGCUGAUUGAUGUGAAGUCGAGGACAAGGGAGGAUGGAACUCCACUCACAGAACUGGAGUUGGUCACGAAGGCCAACCUUGCUCUUGAUAUGAUGGCGAACGAGGGAGAAAUGGUUGCGCCAGGGGGCGCGAGAUUCGUAUCCGCGCAAAAGCUCAAGAACGGGGGCAUCCUGUAUGAGCUAAGCUCCAAAGAGGUGGUAACCUGGCUGAGGCUGGAGAAGCAUCUGGCGGCCUUCACUGGCAAGUUUGGCCUAGAGGCAACAGUACGAGCCCGCUAUUAUGCGGUCGUCUGGCAGGGCAUGCCGAUGUCGUUCGUCCCGAGCGAACAG